UUCUUGCAAUAUUCUUUCUCAAACACAAAGAAAUGACGAUGUCAUUGCUUUCCUAUCUUUCACUUCUUAUUUUCUCAUCAUCUUUAUGUGCAGCUUCAACUGAUGUUCAUAAGAAGUUCCUUCAAUGCUUAUCUGUUAGUGACCAAAAAAUCCCCACCUACACCCCAAACAACAAAAAUUACUCAUCCGUUUUACAAUUCUCCCUACAAAACCCUAGGUUCAAUACGACGAAAACCCCUAAACCUCUUGUAAUUGUGACCCCAGUUAGUGAAGCUGAAAUCCAACGAGUCAUACUUUGUGCUAAGGAAAGUAGCAUACAUAUUAGGGUUCGUAGUGGAGGGCACGAUUAUGAAGGACUUUCUUAUGUAUCAGAGGAUCCAUGUGUCCUAAUUGAUCUAAUUGGCCAUAGAAACAUCACUAUCAAUGUUGAUGAUAAAACUGCAUGGGUUGAAACAGGAUCCACUCUUGGCGAACUCUAUUAUAAAAUAUCGAGGAAAAGUAAAACCCUAGGGUUUCCAGGAGGUGUUUGUCCGACCGUUGGUGUUGGUGGUCAUACUAGUGGAGGUGGCAGUGGGGUUAUGCUUAGGAAAUAUGGCUUAGCAGCAGAUAAUGUUAUCGAUGCACGUUUAAUAGACGCUAAUGGAAGGAUUCUUGAUAGGAAAUCAAUGGGGGAAGAUCUCUUUUGGGCUAUAAGAGGAGGUGGAGGUAAUACAUUUGGACUUGUUCUUGCAUGGAAAAUCAAAUUGGUGGAUGUUCCUGAAAAGGUAGUAGUCUUCACUAUUGACAAAACCUUGAAACAAAAUGCCACAAAACUUGUGCACAAAUGGCAAUAUGUCUCAUCGAAGUUCCAUAAAGAUUUGUACAUUAGAAUCCUCAUCCAUAAUGAAAAAAAUAUAUUCCUAGCUUCAUUCAUCUCUAUAUUCCUCGGUGAAAUCGACCGAUUACUUCAUAUCAUGCAAGAAAACUUCCCUGAAUUGGGAUUAACAAGAGAAAAUUGCAUUGAGAUGAGCUGGAUUGAAUCUACUUUAUAUUAUGCAGGGUUCCCAAGAGGUGAAUCUCUUGAUGUUCUAUUAACUAAAGGUUUACCACCAACACUUUACUCAGAAGCAAAAGCGGACUACGUGCAAAAGCCAAUCUCAGUACAACAACUAGAAGGGAUAUGGGAAUUUUUCAAUGCAAGUGAAGCUAUGUUUGAACAAAUGAUAUUGACUCCAUAUGGUGGUAGAAUGGAUGAGAUUUCAGAGUAUGAGCUUCCAUUUCCACAUAGACCUGGAAAUUUGUAUGAAAUCCAAUACCUAAUGUUUUGGGAUGAAGAAGGAGAAGAAGAAGCUGAAAGGCACAUGAGUUGGAUGAGAAGGCUUUAUGCCUAUAUGAAACCAUUAGUUUUUGCAUCCCCACGAGGUGCUUAUAUUAAUUAUAGGGAUCUUGAUAUUGGAGUGAACAACAAGAAGGCAAACACAAGUUAUGCACAAGCUAAGGUUUGGGGAAUUAAGUAUUUCAAAAACAACUUUGAUAGAUUGGUGCAAGUGAAAACUAAGGUGGAUCCUUCAAACUUUUUUAGGAAUGAACAAAGCAUUCCUCCCUUGGUGGAAUAAGAAUAAAGUUGAAUUAAGUAUAUGGGGGAUGAAAAGGUCAAAGUAAAGUAGUUAUGGUAUUUAAUUUCGCCAAGGGGUUGUUUGGUAGAUGUAUUACUAAAAAUAAUGUCUAGUACUAAACUAUAUAUAUGUGUAUGUGAGUGUGUAUGAUGUGCAUACUCACAUUUUUAUAGCAAAUACAAUAUUCAAUAACAAAAAGGAAAACACAAGCUAUCCGCUGAAAACACAAGAGGAGGUGAAUUGUGUAGAAUAAAAUUUACUCAAUUUAGUUGACUUAAAACAUUGAUUCCUGUAACUGCAGAAGAUAAGCGUGAGUUCUUUGAAGAAAUUAAGUUCGAAACUAGAAUUGUAAUAAUAAAGUAAAGAGCCAUGGUAUUUUGAUUGUAUAUAAUCCAAUCCUCUUGGGUUACAAGGGAGCUUAUACUAUGAGAAUUUUAAGGAA